AUGUCUCCCCUACAGUCUGUAUGGUUAUAUACAGACUGUAGGGGAGACAUCUCUAACCAUACAGACACUACAGACUGUAGUGAGGCUAAUUGUGCUGUAAACAGUCCAACAGGCCUCUCUGAACCCUUAUCUUCCUACCUGGAGACCAGAAGCCUGCUAUUGGACAGUACGGAGAAGGAGAAGGGCCAGCAGCCCAUUCUCCACCAAUCCCCCAAGCCUCCCUGGGACAGAGACAGACAGGAGUGUAGCGACUCACCUGAGGCUUUAGGAUUAGAGGACAGUUUGUUUACUGAGGAGGACAGCUCAUACAGAUCCUACCUCCAGACCAGCUCUCACCCUGCCGUCCUGCAGCAGGAUCGUGGGGUGAGGAUCGUGAGGUACCCCUAUCCCGGCGUCAGUCUCAACCUGCUCUCCCUUACUAGCCUGGAAACAAUCCUAGAGGCUGAUCCCGACCACUCCCUGGACAACUCUGCGACAGUGGAAGAUGAGACGGGAGAUGAGGAGGAAGAUGAGGAGUGGAGAAGGAUUGUUAGGAUAAGGCCCACUGAGGAGGACAGAGGCACUGUGCUUCUGUCUGGUGACAUCAUCAUAUCCUACGUGUCCACUUUCAGCCCGUUGUCGUGUCGCCCUGAGGACUUGUCCAGUAUCGAGUCUUCAGAGCACCAGCUGGUCUUGUCGACCUUUGACCCCGAUGACCCCGUGACCUUACCACACGACAGGGACACCUCGGGCAGCGAGAGAUGCUCCAGUCCCACCCCCACCUCUGUGUCCUACGAUUUUGACACCACCAGCACUAACAGUGAGGAGAUGGAAGAGUCCAUCCUGCCUGUCUCAGGGGGGAACGCCAACCUCCACAAACCCAUGAAGAGCAAGUCUAAAGGAGGCCGGGCGGGGAGCUCCAAGAGCUCCAAGUUCUCUGUCUUCGCCAAGAUGCCUUCCUUCAGGAAGAAGAACAGUCUGAAGAACACCAAGGUGGACAGCUCACCCCGGGACUCACCCGACCUGGGAAGGGAGCUGGGGGGAGGACAUAGGGGACAGGGGGAAGACACCUCAGACGAUGACAGUGUCUUUUUGACAGUCCAGCAGGCCUUCUCCUCCGGUCCGGUGGGUUGCUACAAGACAGAGGAGGAGGACUACAGCUUCUUCCCCUCCACGCCUCGCACCAACCACGUCCACCUGCUCUUCAGGGAGGGGUCCAGCAGCCCAGACACCCCUCUGACCUCCCAGCCCGGAGGUCUCAGACACAACCAGACUGGGGCCCCCGAGGGCCUGCACGGCUACAAGAGGAGCAAGAGCUCAGACAGCCCCAACCUCCGCAUGCGCUUCGCCCAGGCCCAAAAGUCCCUGUCCAGCCUGUUUGAGUCUCGCUCCAUGGACAAGGAGAACGAGGAGGAGCAGGGGAGCGUUGAGACAGGGAGUGAAGGGAAGGUGGGGCGAGUCAAACAGUCCUGGAGGAGGCUGAGGGCCAAAGAGGCUGAGCUGGUGAGGAGGACCCUGUCUGUUCCGGUCGGGGAUGGGGUCGAGGGAGAGGACGGUGGGGGUUUGAGGACGCCCAGACAGAUCCACAGUGACUACGCAUCCCGCUCGGUCUCAGUGCUCAGUGUCCCUGUGUCCCCCUCCUCUCUCAGGGCUCUGAAUCUCACCGACCCCCUCACCAAGAGGCGUCUGCAGGACAGUCAAAGCAGGGCCGGGGCCGACACCCCACAGGGCUGCAAGUUGGAUGGCGAAAGGAGGAAAGGGAAAGUCCCGCCCAACGACCUGUCAAUCAACUUCUCAGACUCAGGACCGCCGUACUCACAAGACUCUGAGGCUCCGCCCGCAAAUGAUUCCAGCCCCCUGGCGCCCAUGAGCCCCGCCUCCCUGGCUGCAUUAGCCAAUCAGCUGUCCUGGUCCCCAGGGGGAGGCUAUGAGAGCACAGCGUGUAGCAUGGUAGCUACACCAGACACCCCAGUGAGACCCAUGAGCCCCAAGCCCCACAGCCCCAGACCGGCUGCCCAGCACAGGGCUAUCUGCUACCCCCCCACUGCCUCUGCCCGGGCCUCAGUCCUGUCCCUGCUCCUCAUGGGCCAGUCAGCCAGUGUUGAUGGCCUGUCUGACCCGCCAGAGAAGCCCAAGACCCUGAAGCCCCGAGCGGGGCCGUUAGACUCCUCCUCCCUCAGUCCAUUGGAGGACAGCGAAGUGGACAGUCUGCUUACGCCUAUGUUCUUCAAACAGUUUGAGACCAGUCAGGAUGGAUGUAGACCCAGCAGCCAGGCAGGGGGAGGAGGGAAGAGGCUAGCAGAGCUGAAGACUCCUGGCUCUGGACCGGACACUACUGCCUUAGCCCUCAGACCACCACUAGGCCACAGGCCGGACAGGGAUCCGAGACGCCACCGCUGCUGCUCAGAUGACCUGUGGAUCGAAGAGGAAACGAGACGGAAGCGGAAGCUGGCCCGAGUGAUGAGGGGAAGCCUGGGACAACUCAACACACACUGUCCUGAAGAGCUCGACAAAUCGCAUGCUCCAGUGUCCCUGUCGACCAUGGAGGCAUUCUCUGGGAUGCUCCUAAAGACCCACUGCUUCUCCCAGAGCACCCCCAUCGGUCUGGACUGUCUGGGCUGGCGACGACGCAUCUCCUACCCCUGUGAGUAG